GUGGUGCUAGCGGUAGAGUGUCCGAGAGGAGUUUUUUUGGAGCGAGAGGAGCAAUGGCGGCAGUGUUGGAGCGCUCGGCCUUCUGCGGCUCGUCCCUCGCGAGAGCACCAGUGGCAGCACGGGGCCUCCCGGCGUUGAGCAUCCGCCUCACCGUCACAGCCAGUGGAGGCAAGAAGAUCUCGACCAAAACACCUCUAGGCCCUUCUGGAGACCUCACUUUCAAGUCGGGAGUGGACGCAUCUGGUCGCGGAGCCAAGGGGAAGGGCGUGUACCAAUUCACGAAGAAAUACGGGGCCAAUGUGGACGGAUACAGUCCCAUCUACACUCCAGACGAAUGGUCGCCUUCGGGAGAUGUUUACUCGGGUGGCCAGACGGGGCUGUUGCUAUGGGCAAUAACGCUGGGAGGUGUGCUUCUGGCUGGAGUGUUCCUUGUCUACAGCACCAGCGCUCUCGCAAGCUAAAGUCUUGUAAACAUUAUCCUGUGGAUAAAAAGAUUUUACGUAUUCGACGACAAGCAAAUAUCCCUAGGUAGCUAAUCUGAUCGCAAAACAAAUAUGACUCGAAAUAUGAAAAGAACAAAGUAAACAUU